ACGCCAGCGCAGUGAGACUGGGUAGGGGGUGGAGGGGACCGCGCGUGCGCACUGGAAGGGUGUUUUGGCGGGCGUUGCGCAGGAGCGGCGGCUGAGAGGGGGUACAAUCCAGGGAGGGAGAAGUUGGUUUCGCACCGAGCCCGUGACUUUCCCCAGGAAUUGGGUAGCCUUGGUGCGUUAGGUGCAACUUCCGCGCUAUGGGAAAGAGAAACAAGAGGACAGCAGAUAGUUCGUCCUCUGAAGAUGAGGAGGAAUAUGUUGUGGAGAAGGUGCUAGACAGGCGUGUUGUGAAGGGUCAAGUGGAGUAUCUUCUCAAGUGGAAAGGAUUCUCUGAGGAGCACAAUACUUGGGAACCUGAGAAGAAUCUUGACUGCCCUGAACUGAUUUCCGAGUUUAUGAAAAAAUACAAAAAAAUGAAGGAAGGUGAAAACAAGCCCCGAGAGAAAUCGGAGAGUGCCAAGCGGAAAUCGAGUCUUGCCAACAAUACCGAGGACAUCAAAGCCAAAAAAAAGAGGGAGAGCACCGAUAUUGCCAGGGGCUUUGAAAGAGGAUUGGAGCCGGAAAAGAUCAUUGGAGCCACAGACUCCUGCGGCGAUUUAAUGUUCCUAAUGAAAUGGAAAGACACGGAUGAGGCUGACCUGGUUCUAGCAAAAGAAGCCAACGUGAAGUGCCCACAGAUUGUGAUAGCGUUUUAUGAAGAGAGACUGACCUGGCACGCAUACCCAGAAGACGCUGAAAACAAAGAGCGGGAAGCAGUGAAAAGCUAAAGUGGCCAGGGUCCUCCAUCCGUCCCUAGUUGUACAUAUCCACCCUCCCUUCCCCUCUGCCUAAAUACAUCCAUGAAAAUGUGCUUCUUACUGUGCUCCACAGGAGAAACGUUGAUAUUGGUUGGUUUAGUUAUAACAUAAAUGGUGUGAGUCACGUUUGGUUCCCCUCAGGUUGCCAUGCUGUGUGUGUUCCCCUCUCCUCAUCUCGCCACCCCCCAAACGGUUCUCACUUUGAAAGCCCUCUCUGAACCUCCAGGCCUUUAAAAGCUCUGCAUCUUCUUCAUCAUGUUGUUUGUGGAGGGUUAUUGUGUCCCAUUGUUCUAAGAGAGGGCUGUAAAAGUGACAGGAGCUACCUGCGUUGGGGGAAGACCCCAUCUGACUCGGCACACUCUUUGGAUUCUGAGAUUACUCGGAUAACCCCACUCCUCUUUCUCUUCUCCCCCGCCCCCCUUCCUCCCUGCCAAGUUAGUCUAUUUCUAGUUGUUUUGAGAAUGGCUGACAUCUUGCUGGAAUUAAGGAUGCUGGAUAGCUGUGCUCCUCCUGACCCCCAGUGCCAACUCCACUUGCACCAACUCCAUACAUCCUUGCUUUCUAGCUGUGGGGCAGGAACUGGUAAUGUGGGAAGGGGGGAACCAGCAGAGACUGCUUAGCUGGACAGAACAAUCCAUCCUCGCCCACUAUACCAUUUUGACCUGUCAUUUAAUGCAAUCAAAUUCAGCAUCUCCCCCUCCCCCCCCCCCUUUCUGCAUUGGCUAUAUGUUAUGUAGAAAUGAGUGUAGCAGCCCAGCCAAAUUCUGUGCCAUAUUAGAGACCAUUCUCUGUUGCUGUCUGUACCAAACAACAACAGGCCCCAAACUGGAUUCAUUUCUGGGCGCAGUCCCCAUUUGCAGGAGUCCUUUAGUUCCUUCUUUACGUGCUGCAGGCUUCCCUAGCAGGAUCAUCUCUGUUUAAAAGAGCUCUGGGAUCUGGGCCUGCUCUGUUUCCAUGAGCAGCAGUUGACUCUGUCUAAGGGGAAACUAUGCAGAGGAACUGCCUCACAUGGGCAUGCUUCGUUUGCAAGCACCUACCCUUGUCUGUUCAUACAUAACGAGGUGGCCUAGAAACCACUCAGAAGGUGCAGAGUGGCUGGGUUUCCCCCGCUUUGUUUCUAGGCCAACAUGCUUUUUGUGCCCACCCUUUGGCUUGCCACCUGAAAUGUAUACUGUCUGCUGCACAAUGUGGCAGUUGAAUGGUUCCAUGCUUAGGGUGUCAGGGCUGUUAACUGAACUCCUUUCAUCUGUAGGCAUUCCUUUUAUGUCCCAUAUGGUGAGAGGCUGGAGGAGCAGGUCACAGAAAGCAGGUAGUGGCAUUCCCUUAUAUCCUGCCCUUUCCCCGUGACAAUGCUUGUGCAUGGUUUUUUCUUUUCUUUUCACUUGGAAUGUCUGUAUUGUGUAGUCUAGGUGGGACUUCAGGACCCUUCAGAAUUUUAGAAGUGUACUCAUAGUUCCAUUUCUCCCUCCUCACAGACAGAUUUUUGCUGUAACUCUUGACAAUAAAAGGCAACACUUGACAGUAUUAACAUUGAUCGGCGCUGACUUCUCGCCAGCUGCUUUUUAGAUGCCAGAGGGCAGGUGAGGGUCGUGUGUGCUGGUAAUAGACUUGAUGGGAGCCUGCAAAAAGGCUUAAUUUGAAGUGGGGCUAGGCUUCUUACACGGUGGAAUUGAAAUGGCACUGCUCCUUGCAUUUCCUUCAAAUCUCUUUCAGGGUCUGAGAUUUCACUUUCCUUAUUCUUUUGCCCCUGCUCUCCCAGCCACUUCAUCCUUGCUUUUUGUAGAAGGUGAGGGGAGUUUCCACCAGAGCUUGCUAGCAAAUCUCUGUUUGGUGUGAAAGCGUGGUUCAGUGCUGUAUUGUUGUGGAGUUUAGCUUUCUCUCUAUUCCUACAGCAGACAGUCAAAAACAGUUCUUGGUUCUUCUGUUCUAAGCCCUGUCGCUCUGUCAGUGGUUGCUACUUGUGGGUGGUUGGGAUAUGGUGCAGUAAUAAGAACUGAGCUUGUGCUGCCAUAGGACCACUGCUUGUCAGCAGUGAACAUGUUUCUCUCCAGCACACUUUCUUGAAGGAUGCUGGUUGCAGCAAGUAAACUUUGCUUCUGGAAGUUCAGUGCAAAAAUUGCUUCUCAGAAUUCCUCCAGAUCAAUCGCUGGAUGUCAUGUCAACCAUAUUGGGACAGAAUCCCAAAGGGAUUCAGGGCAUGUAGUUCUGAGACCCAUGUUAUUUUCCAUCCCACCUUUCAGAGAUUUGGAAGAUGAUCAGCCUCUUCUCAUGACCGGUGAGAAGGGCUCCAGAGCGGUCUGCAGGGAAAGUGGGUUAGACUUACCUUCCCCUCUCCUUUUGUGCUGGGUGUCCUCCCCGCGUGCCCAGACAAUUCCCUGCACGCCUAGGCAGCAGGGAGGGAUGUGUUGUCCUAGCCCCCGGAAAUACCAUGAUGCACCAUGCACUCGCCACAUCACGGGGAUCCCCCACAUCAUGGAGAUUCCCCCCUCCCCUCCCCAGGCCUUCCAGACAAUUUAAAAAACAACAACCAGGGUUAAGAGAGUGUGCACUCCCCUAACCUUGUUUUAAAGGGUGGCUACUUUGGCAGGUUUGCCACCGUGAUGCUGCUGGGAUUGGUCCAAUUCCGGCGGUUCACACAGGCGUGCAAAACCGGACUGGGCUUCCUUAGCCUAGUUUUGCAUGUGAAUAGCCUCGAUAUAUGCCUGAUCCCAGGGGCUGUCUUUGGAGGGCACACCAUUUGCAUGGUGCUCAUGGGGGUGAUGGCAUAUUAGGAAUUUUCUCUGCCAUAUAGUUGAAAUAAUUUUUCAUGAGAUCAGUCAGUGAGAAAGCAUCAACAGGUAAAAAUGUGUGUAAUGCUCAUGUUUAGGAUUCCUUAUUAAGUAUGAGUAGUCAUCUGUGGAAGCACUGAAUACCUAGAGAUAGCAAAAGACUGAAGUCACAGUUCUGCAUUUCUUUCACUCAGGAACCAGCUGCCAUAUGUAGGCAGAGGCUGAAGCACAACACAAGAGAAAUUGCUCUAACUCCUGUAGCUAUCUGGUGUCCUGCAUGUGUCUGUGUGUUCAGUUGGCGACCAGCCUACCACUCUGGAGUCUUGUUGAUGUGUGGCUCUAACAUUUCGGGUUUUUUUUAGCAUCUUUUCAUCCACCUGCUUCCCUCACACAUACAUGCUGAGCUAGGGGAGUGUAGCAGCUGCUAAACAGGAUUUGUGAAGAAAGAUGGAUUUAUUAGUCUGCUUGGAUUUGCAUUCGUCUGCCAUGAAUGUACUGAGAACAAAUGAUCAUUUGGAGGGAUCUUGAGACAGGAGGCUCUGGAGCCUCCUCCCUCAGGCUCUGGGCUUAAUUAAAAACAACAACUUCCUCUUUUUGUGGUUAAACUGGCUCUCUUUCGGCAAAUGUAUCUCUUUCCAUUGCCUGCUGUUAUCUUGUAUCACUGCUAGAAAAGACCAACCACUUUCUGUGUUCUCACCUUGAAAGUUGGAAAGAGUAAGUGGCUUGGGGUCAUAGAAGUCUCGCUUUAAAAAAACCCCCAAAGCCAUCCACUUUUAUCCAAGCAACUAGGAAAAUAAAGCCUCUGGAUACUCCCAAAAUUGUAUUUGUGCCCCUGAAGUCUUGGUGUUUCAUUUAUUGGGCUUCCCCACAGGAAGGUGUAACUCAGUGUAGCUUCUGGGAGGAGGGUGGGAAUGGUGUUCUUAGCUAUCUGCUACUUAGCAAGUGGAAUCAGCAAAUCAUUAAGAGGUUUUGGUGUAGGAAAAUUAGCUGUGGCGCCUCAGAAGACAGCAUGGAGAGCGGGCUGCCCUCUGCCAGGCAGCCAGCUGCUCUCAGGCUCACCUUCGGAGGCAUCUCAGCUUUUGCCUGGCUGGUCCCCCACCCCCAGCACAGCCCUGCAUUGGCCUUUCUCUGAUUCUUAGCUUCUCAUUGUUUGCCAUAGUUAUCUCUGCAUUGUCUAGAAGAUGGGGAAGUGAAAAGAGAAGCAGUGAGGAAGUGUUGGGAGUUUGUAGCGAGAUCCCUGCCUCUGUGGGGCAGAGGCUUUUCAUGUUUGGAGUCUGCCUUGGGGAAUAUCUUGCCUGUGUGGCAGACCUGUAGAACAAGGCAUAAAUUAAACGGAGGUUUCCCCAUUGCUGUUAGCCUGCUUUGCACCUCACCGAGCCCCUAGCAGGAAGCAUUGCUUCAUGUGCUAAGUGCAUUGGGCAGGCCAUUGUCAAGCUGAGUUCUGGAAGGGGCAGGUUUGAAGCCAUUGUUAAACAAGAACCAUUUCCCUUCACAUGUGUCUGGAAGGUCCCACAGUUACCACUAGCUCUGCAGUAACAGGUCCAACAGUCUGUUUCAGCCUUCUCUUCCCUACUGUAGAGUGCCCAGGAGAAGGACCACAAGAAGACUGAAAAAAAAAUACACAUCUUCCUUUCUUGGGCUCCCUCCCACUGCUGUGCAGACGUUUUCCUUUUUACCAGUUGCUUCCAUCCAAUAAGUGUCCAACUAGAGCUGAAAAGGAAGAUUUGUGGUGAUCAGAAGUAGUUGUGUGUCAAGGCUAAAAAAGACAGCAGAGGUAACCGUAGGGAGAUUAAGUAGAUAUUUGAGAAUGUUACAAUCCAAGGAGACAAUACAUAUUUCAGAACCAUCACAAGCAAACGACACUGGCACUUCCUUUCCUCUGCUAGUAUUUGUGCUAACAUUUCUCAGAAGUGUGUGUGUGUGUGUGUGUGUGAGAGAGAGAGAGAGAGAGAAAGAGAGAGAGAAUCCCUUUGCUAAAGAUCUGCUGCUCUUUGCAGUCCAGUUCCCUCUCAUGUGUAAGAUACUUUUCCAAGUGGAGAAAAUGUUUCUGAUAACUAGGGAGUCAUCCUGCCCCCCCCCCCCCGCCGCUGUAUCAUUAGUCUGAAGCAGCACAGAGAGCCCUUCUCAGUGGGACAAGUUUGAUAUAAUCCAGGAGGCACUCCAAGCGCCUUGCCAAGCUAAAGGCACCAACAAAAUGGAUCAGCUGGACCACAAAAGGGCUGCCUAACCUGCUAAGAUGGAGAACCUGAAAAAUCAUUUUCGGCUUUCUCGGGAGGCUGAAAUGCAAGGAACUCAAGGCCUGGAGCAAGUUUCCCUACUCCAUGUGAAUCGAUGCUGUUCACAAGGGCUUGCUACAACCCUGCUUAUAAAGGCUCCUGUAUAACCCCCCCCCCCAAGCAUAGUACCCAUAAAUAAGGAUUUCUUCUCCCUUCUUUUUCAGUUUCCUCUUUCCAGCUGAAGAUCCUGUAAGUCAAGUGUUUCUUAGUGCAGUAGAGCUAGCCAGCUGAUUCAAAACAUCCAGGAUUUCUAAGCCAUUCAUGCUGCACUUAGGUGGCUUCUGAACAGAUCCCACCCCCUCACUCUUUGGCUCCUGGUCUCAAUGUUUCAAUGGCAAAACAACAUUUUGAUGUGAACUUUUUUGAGUGUCUUAUGUUUUGAGGUUGUUGGAGUGGGCAGUAUGUAUGAGAUUGGGGGUUGAGGUUUGACUCUCAGAUCUGGGCUUUCACCAGAGGUUUGUAACUUGUGGUUUUUGUUUUGGCUCCCCCUGCCCCCAUUUUUAAUAUCUAGGUCUUUAAUUAAGUACUUCCUCUCUGAAUUCAUUACACAUUAAGUUCAUAGGGAGACAUUCAAUUUGCAGGUGCAGUCUUCUGAUGCAGCUCAUUCUUAGCAAGCUGUCAAAAAAUGAAUUGUUACCCCCAGCUGCCUCAAAGAAGGAAAUAAAAUACAGAGAGAGAGAGAAUUAAUUUUGUUUUAAUUAAACUCAUUAAUUUUUUGAUUAACGAUCUAAUUUUUACCUGGGGUGGCAUCUAAAUCUUUUCCUGGCUGUACAGACUGUAAUGACACUCUGUCUCCUCCCAUCAACAGGAUCAGUGAAAAAGGCAGGGAGAGGAGGGGGGAACCACACAUCCAUCCACCAGGAUUUGAAUAUCCUCAGAUGCCUUUUGUUUGAAAUGUGACCUAGUAUGUUAGAGUACAGGCAACCUUUGCUGCAGCUGUAGGAGCCACAACUUCUACCUAAUUUGUGCACAUUUGGGGCUGGUUUUGGCUUUGAUUAAAGGGGGGUGGGGGUGGGGGAAGGCCUUUUAAAAAAAACAAAAAAACCUCUUCACUGUUUGGAGCUGGAUCUUUUCCCCUGGCAGCUUCAAGUGCCAGGUCUUAAGUUCUAGUUUCCAAAAGGACAAGAGACAGUUCACUGGGAGUUUCCCCUGUGGGAAGCCCCAUAGAAAUUAAUUUGAGCUGCUCAAGGGCAACGUCCUCAAUAUAAUACCUCACGUUAUUGCUUCAAAAGCAAACGCCUCAGUUCCUUCUCCUCUGAGGGCCAGUUCAUAUGGCUGUUCUGCUCAAGGUCCAGUGUUCCCCACACACACACACACACACCCCGGGAUCCAGCCAUACUUUGGGCAGAUAAGGUUGCCUGAAUAGUUUGCAGCUUGCCAGAGUUGCCAUUCCCCAUCCACCAUUUUGUCAGGUUUGUGGAGACAUGCUAAAGUGCCACUUCUGCUUGUGGCGAAUCAUUCAGAUGAUCCAUGAGCAUUUGGCUGGAUCCCGGCAGGAAAAACCGAGUCUAACUCGAUGCAGAAUGGCUGUGUGAAAGAGCCCAGAGGGUUUGCUGCUAAGAUACUGGGGCUGGGCAAGAAAGUGAACCGUGUCAAGGAUAAUCAGUGUUAGAAAUCUGGUGAAGAGGGGGAGGCUUUCCUGGGGGAUGAUGUGUUGGCUCUCCCUCCCCAUCCUGUCACAUGCCAUCCCCGGCAGGUUGUCAAUGAACUUUUAACUGUGUGCGUGUGUGUAUAUUAGCCACCCUUUUUGGUGAUCUUUUAGCCAAACCCUUUGACUCUAAGCUAAUGUAUGUUACGCUGAUUUUUAAAGUGUAAACCGGUUUUUAAAACAAGGUGCGAUUUGUCGUACAAUUUGACAUGUUACAAACAAGCCUCUCCUCUGCCCUGUAUCCCUCAUCCCCACUCUUUCAUACUUCUUGUAUUGGUUCUAAUAAAUGGUUACUUUUCAA